AUGUUUGAUGGUGAAGAUGACCAAAGCUUUCACGCUACGCGUGACGGCUACUCCCAUUUGAGCGAUGUUGAAUGGGAUGCGGUUGAACGAAUGGGUUCAGCCAUGGGCAUCCAUGCUGUUAGCGUCAUGCUAGAGGCUCUCAAUAGAGAUGCCCAACAUGCUACUAUCGCCAAGUUCAUUCGAAAUGAACUUGACGCUGAACGCGAGAAAGUAGCCUUGCUUCACCAACAAGGUUCCCAACAAGCAGAGUUGUUGAGAGAACAGGGUGCUCAACAGUUUGAACUGUUGAGACAGCAGCAGGCUGCUGCUGGUGGGUCGAUGCACUCGCGUCUACCCGAGACUUUAUAG